AUGCCGCUAAAGAGAACCACGCCGCUAACACCCACAAAUUUAAAUGUUGGCGUAGUUCAUUCUCACACACACUCAGAUCCAAACUUGAGUAUAUCUGUGGAUAUCGAGGAUGCAUUAUCUAAUGAGACGCAGCGUAAUUUUAACACAAAAAGGAAGAGGGAAAAUUUAGGAGAAAAGGGUAAUUUAUACGACUUUAAGUCAUUAAUGAUGAAUAUGUUCCAAGAGCUAAAGAUUACCAUGAAUGAGAUAAAAGAUCAAAACAAUGAGCUUAAGGAAUCAGUUAAAUUCACAGCUGCAAAAUAUGAUGAUGUACUGGAAACUACAAACUUUUAA